AAUGAUCAUGGGGAGCUGAGGAGUCUCUGCCUUUAUCCUGCAAAAGUUGUGUUUUAUUAAAUACUGCGGCGUUUGUUAGAGUGGCGAGCCGUCGGAGGCCACCAUGGCCAACAUCACGAAGAAAGUGUCGUGGUCCAGCCGAGCCGACGAGUCCGGGGCGACCGGGGAAGGCACGCCGCUGCUCAACGGCUCCGAGCAGCCCCGAUACUCCAGACAGCUAUCUGGAGGAGGCAGUAUAUUUCAAAUAGGCAGACUCAGCACGGUGGAUUUGGAAGAGGAGUUGACAUCAGAUGAGGACUCGCUGAGGGGCCGACCCAAAGAAAUCCCUCACAAUGAGAAGCUGCUUUCACUCAAAUAUGAGAGUCUGGACUAUGAUAACAGUGAGAACCAGUUGUUCCUGGAGGAGGAGAGGAGAAUGAGCUACAUUGGUUUCCGCUGCCUGGAGAUCAGCCGCUGGGUGGUCUGUGGUCUGAUCGGCUUCCUCACAGGCCUCAUCGCCUGUUUCAUAGACAUCGUGGUGGAGACGCUGGCUGGGGUCAAAUACCUGGUUGUCAAAGAGAACAUAGAGAAGUUUACAGAGGUGGGCGGCCUGUCCAUCUCUCUGAUCCUCUGGGCUGUUCUCAACUCCGCCUUCGUCAUGGUGGGAGCCGUCAUAGUUGCCUUCUUUGAGCCUAUAGCAGCAGGAAGUGGUAUACCUCAGAUAAAAUGCUACCUGAAUGGAGUCAAGAUUCCCAGGGUUGUGCGACUCAAGACUCUGGUGGUGAAAGUGGGCGGAGUGAUCUGUUCAGUGGUUGGAGGGCUUGCAGUUGGAAAGGAAGGUCCCAUGAUUCAUUCUGGUGCUGUUGUGGCCGCUGGGGUCUCCCAGGGCAGGAGCACCUCUUUAAAGAAAGACUUCAAGAUCUUUGAGUAUUUUCGGAGAGACACAGAGAAACGAGACUUUGUUUCUGCUGGAGCCGCUGCGGGAGUGUCUGCUGCUUUUGGAGCACCAGUCGGCGGCGUUCUGUUCUCUCUGGAGGAAGGUGCUUCUUUCUGGAACCAGAUGCUGACAUGGAGGAUUUUCUUUGCCUCCAUGAUCUCCACCUUCACCCUGAACUUCUUCCUGAGUAUCUACCACAACAAUACAGGAGACCUUUCCAAUCCCGGUCUCAUCAAUUUCGGACGCUUUGAAAGUGACAGUGUGGCCUAUAACCUCUAUGAGAUUCCUCUGUUCAUUGCUAUGGGAGCUAUAGGUGGUUUGCUGGGAGCGCUGUUCAAUGUCCUGAACUACUGGCUGACCAUCUUCAGGAUCAGGUACGUUCACCGUCCUUGUCUGCAAGUAAUGGAGGCCAUGUUGGUUGCUGCGGUGACAGCAACGGUGUCGUUUGCCAUGAUAUAUUUCUCCAAUGACUGCCAGCCUCUGGGGCCAGAGCACGCUGAGGAGUAUCCACUGCAGUUGUUCUGUGCUGAUGGAGAGUAUAACUCCAUGGCAACGGCCUUCUUCAACACUCCUGAGAGAAGUGUCCGCAGCCUCUUCCACAACCAGCCAGGAACCUACAAUCCCCUGACUCUGGGAAUGUUCACGCUGACCUAUUUCUUCCUGGCCUGUUGGACCUACGGCCUGACGGUGUCUGCUGGAGUCUUCAUCCCCUCUCUCCUAAUCGGAGCAGCCUGGGGCAGACUGUUUGGGAUUCUGCUGGCCUCCAUCACCUCCAGUGGCUCGAUCUGGGCUGACCCUGGUAAAUAUGCCUUGAUUGGAGCCGCAGCCCAGCUAGGGGGCAUUGUGAGGAUGACUCUGAGUUUGACUGUCAUCAUGGUGGAAGCUACAGGAAACGUCACAUACGGCCUCCCCAUCAUGCUUGUCCUUAUGACCGCUAAGAUAGUAGGGGACUACUUUGUAGAGGGUCUAUACGACAUCCACAUCAAGUUACAAAGUGUUCCCUUCCUGCACUGGGAGGCUCCUGCCACAUCCCAUUGGUUGACCGCCAGAGAGGUGAUGAGUUCUCCAGUCACCUGCUUUAACAGGAUAGAGAAGGUGGGGACCAUUGUUGACGUCCUUAGCAACACCUCCACCAAUCACAAUGGCUUCCCUGUGGUCGUGCACGUUGCUCCUGGAGACGAGCCAGCAAAGCUCUGUGGUCUCAUCCUUCGCUCUCAGCUCAUCGUUCUUCUCAAACACAAGGUGUUUGUGGAGUUGGCUCGGUCCAGGCUGACGCAGAGGAAGCUGCAGCUGAAGGACUUCAGGGAUGCCUACCCCCGCUUUCCCCCCAUCCAGAGCAUCCACGUGUCUCAGGACGAGAGGGAGUGCAUGAUGGACCUCACUGAAUUCAUGAACCCCACGCCUUACACCGUGCCACAGGAAACAUCUUUGCCUCGUGUGUUUAAGCUGUUCAGAGCGUUGGGACUGAGGCACCUGGUGGUCGUGGAUGACCAGAACAGGGUGGUUGGACUGGUGACUCGGAAAGACUUGGCGAGAUAUCACCUGGGCAAACACGGACUGGAGGAGCUACACCUGGCACAGACAUAGUAGACACACACACAAACACUCACACACAUACACAAACACACACAUACACACAGGGGACUUAACCUGGAGAUCAACAUGCACACCCAUAGACAAUGACCACGUUCACCCGUUGCCUAUUUACCUGCUGACCCCCCCCAGCUAUGCACCCCGCCAGGACGCCGUCAGGGGUCAAGAGGUCACGAUCAUUCUCUGAUGCUAAAACGGCUGCCAUGACAACACAAGGACAUCCAUAAUCUGGUUCGUGAACAAACAAGCAUUGGAUAUGCUGUAUAGUCAUAGCCAUGUUUUACACGGUAAAAACUACCUGAGGUGUAGUUGAGUUGAACUGACAUGCAGAAAAAUCCAUAAUGGAGCCACCAAUUUUUUUUUUUUUUUGUGUGUGUGUUUUCUUCACCCUUGUUUGUAAAUGGGCAACACAGCAUCUUAAUGGUUGUGAACUCCUUUAGUGUAACUGUCUGUUACUGACUGAGUCUGUCUGUUGUUGUUCCAUUCAAUAGCAGACCUGGUGUGGAAACAGUGUCGCCAUGUUAGGAAACUUCCCACCUGGUUUUAACUGGGACACGCUGGAAAUCAUUUGAGAGAUGACUUCAGUUCUCACUUAUCAUAAUUUGAUUAGUAGCCAUAGUGCUGAGGCAUCAAAUGAUAUAUUAGCAGAAGGCUUAGUCAUUAUUCUCUUCCUCUUUGGCGCCACUCAAGGAAAGGGUUGUGUACGGCUUGGGGGGAAAAUAUAAUGGACAGAAAAUAAGCUUUCUCAGACCUCACUCAUUUUAUGAACCAGGUCAAAUAAAGUUGCAAAUGUGGACAUGUAGAGAUAAAAACGUUCAGUUUACCAACUAGAAGAGAGAAAACAGUGCUUUCCAUUAAACUUUAGCGAUCUCAGCUGGCAAAUGGUAAAAUGCUUUUGUUGUGUCCUCCUCAAUAUGUGUGCCCAAACGGAAAUCCCCUUCUGUUGUUUGUUGUUUUCCAUUACUUAAAAAUUUCGUCUAGCAACCCUGUAGCAACUGAUAAUGUAACAUGCCACAGUGUAAGAAAAUAUUCCUGUGUACUCUUGUACUACCCCAGUAUGGGGUAGUACAAUAAUCCUGGUACAGUAAUCCAUAAACAAGGAAAAGGCAGUGUAAUAACAUCACAUUAUUACUUUAACAUCCAGUUUUACUUAAUCAGGUGAAAACUGAUCAUGUAAUAAUACUGACUAAAAAUGUAAUAGCUGUACUGACUAAAUUAUUGCAUUAUUAAUUACAUCACUAGUGAAACUUAUUUUACAUUCCAUCUGAAGUCAUAUCAUUGCAUAAUGUGAUGAUGCUACUGCUAGUAAUAAUGUAAUGUAAUCAUGUCAGCAGUGUCCAGCAGUGAAUGACAGUAACAGUUUUGCAACAGCAUAACAAUGAUGUAGUCGUUUAUUUGGACAUGUAUUGCAUUUUGGAAAGUUAUUUCAUUUUGAGUUGAUACAGACCCAAAUGAGAAACAGAGUUUUUUGCUUUGGGAAAUUUAGUGCUUUACUCUCCAUUCUGGGUCCUUAGUGUGCUUGGCAUUUUAAGAACAGCCAGCCAUUCAAGGUCUUUAGUGGCUACAUCAGUGAAUAUUUUUUUCCGUUUUUUGUCCUAGUUUUGCACUGUGUAUGCUCAUAUUUAUUGUUUUUGUUGAAUACUUGUGUUUUUAAAUUUGAAAGUGGGGUGAGGUGGAGGGGGCAUGAUAAGACUAAGUUUGAUAGUAAAGUUUAAGAAGAUAUAAGUUUGAUGGUGUUUAAGAAAGGGGUAGACAUCAUUAUUGUGACUCUUCUCUCAUUUGGCCACAAGAUGGAGUUUGAGGCAGAAUUUAGCUGUAAGCAUGUCAGAGACCUGGAGACAGCAAUUCUGCUGUGCAGUCGAGCUUUCGAUGGUACCUCUGCCUUCUCUCUCCAUUUCUUAUCAGCACCUUGGAGUAUAUAUAUAUAUAUACAUUUUUAUUUGUACUACUGUCAGUGGUAACAUGUUUGGUAUGCAGAAUUUUCUAUCACCACCAAAUGUUGCACUUUGACCCACUACUGAAAGACUUUUCCCACAAGUGUCCCGCAAGAAUAGCUGUAAGAAUGUAAACAUUUUGCCACGGUAUCUUCUGUUUAAAUCAUGAAACGGCAUCAAGGAUUUCAGCAACUCAGAUUUUAGCAGAACUGACCGAAAACAUUUCUUGUCAUUUGCAUCCUCACUCUAUUCAAUCAGGAUCAUAGUUUAACCAGAUAAAACACGAAACUGUGUCUGAUUUAAAAUCACCAGUGUGUUUUGUUUAAAAAAAAUCAAACUUUUCUUGAAUUUACUUCAUUGUUUAUAUGUUUUUUUUUUCUUUGUGCACUUCAAUUUUGUGUUUACACAUUUGCUGUUAAUCAUUCUCGUCUCAUCAGUGGUCUUUGUUUUGUUUGUACAGUUCUAGAUGUUAAAAUAUAGACUAUGCUGUAUUUUUAACCAGUUGAUGAACCUUUUGUGAACUAAUAAAGUUGAAAGUUAUCUAUUCCU